CUUGAUCCUCCGAAUGGUCUUCAGACGAGAUAUCAAAUACCAGAUUGCGAAGAAAAUCUUGGAAAAUGUUCCCAAUGACCAUUUUCUGCCAUCCCCUUAUCAGUUAGAUCUUCUGGAUGCUGCCUACGAAAGAAAUACGAUUAUAUGCUCAUCAAAUGAGUUGAAUAAAAUGUUUUUUGUUGUCAAUCUGAUCCGUGAAAUGCGUUUUGACAAUCCAGGGAAGCAAGUUAUUUACUUCACAGAUGAUGUUAAAAUGAGCUCCAUAGAAAAUUUUGUAACUCAUCACACUGGAUUAUCAUGUGCUUACUUCAAAUCAGAUGAACAACAGAUUAGAAAAUGUUUUUCUGAUUGGUUAUCUGUUUUACAAAAAUACGAUGUAAUCCUGUUGUCACCUUGGCUAAUUCCGCUUAUUAUCACACUGUCUUCAAUUAAUUUUUUAGUUAAGUUCAUUCAUCAGGUAAGCCUCCAUGAUUUUAAACACUGGAUUAAUAUGAUAAACUUCUUGUACAAGAAUUAA